AUGUCGAGGAAAGCUCUCGAAGCUCGAGCAUUUCUGCUUCAAUGCAGAAGAGCAUACUGCACCACAAAACCCGCCCACCAAGAACUCCGACCGGCGACUGCGCCGCGCCAAUUCCCCCCUCUGACCCAGAUCCGCGACAAUGUUGAGCUCUACGAACGAAACUGCCUGGUGCGAAACUACGGUGGCCACCAGCAUGUCCCACGCCGAGUGGCGGACAAUGUCAGGCAGAUGAGAGAGCUCGACCAGCGCAUGGCCGGGUCCCGUCAUGCCUUGAAAGAGCUGCAAAAGCAACUGAACACUACGCAAGGGAACAAGGCGGACAUUGUGGCGCAGAUGAAAGCGAUCAGACCACAGGUCGACGCUCUCCAAGCCGAGCACGAUGCGCUGGAGUUGGAGACGCGCUCUAUGGCCUUGUCCCUACCCAACCUGACAUUUUCGGAUGCACCGACUGGCGAUGAUCCAAGAUUGCGCGCCUACAUCAACUACGACCCAGAUCAACCGCCGCAGUAUGGCGCUUCCGCCGACCACUCGAUAAUCGGCGAGAAGCUCGGUCUGCUCGACUUUUCAUCGUCAUCGAUGACGUCUGGUUGGGGGUUUUACUUCUUGCUAAAUGAGGCGGCUUUACUGGAACAAGCUCUCAUCCAGUAUGCCUUGUCCGUUGCCAUGAAACACGGCUGGUCCGUUGUCUCACCGCCGUCACUAAUCUACUCGCACAUGGCCGCUGCCUGCGGGUUCCAACCUCGGGACCAAAACGAUGAACAGCAGAUCUGGCAAAUCGCGCAACUUGAAAAGGAUGCGGGAAAGCCCACCCGCAGUCUUGCUGCAACGGCCGAGAUUCCCCUCGCAGGCAUGUAUGCCGGCAAGGCCAUCCCCGCAGAACGUCUCCCUGUCAAGCUCGUUGGAUCGAGUCGGUGUUUUCGGGCGGAGGCCGGUGCUCGCGGAGUCGACACCAAGGGUCUAUACCGCGUCCAUGAGUUUACCAAGGUUGAGAUGUUCGCAUGGACCGAUUGCCCACCUGUCAACAGCAGCAACGGAGCUUUUACGGAUGAAGCAAGCUGGACAGAGUGUUCCGGUCAACUUUUGACCGAGAUGGUGGAAAUACAGACGGAAAUCCUUUCGUCGCUUGGCUUACCCUGCCGCGUCCUCGAGAUGCCGACUUCCGAUCUGGGUGCUAGCGCGUAUCGCAAGAUUGACAUCGAAGCAAUGUUUCCUUCGAGGAAGAGGAAGGAUGAGGGAUGGGGCGAAGUCACUUCGGCAUCCAUUUGCACAGACUACCAAAGUCGCAGGCUAGACACGAGGAUCCUAGAUGCUGAUGGGUCAAGGAAGAAGUUUGCGCACACAGUGAAUGGGACGGCUAUGGCAAUUCCAAGAGUUAUCGCUGCACUCUUGGAGAAUGGAUGGCGCGAGGCCGAAGGCUGCGUUAUGGUUCCCCAAGUUCUGAGGCGUUACAUGGGUGGUCUGGAGAAGAUCGGGCCCCGUUGA